AUGGAUCGGUUAAGUAGAAUGCUCGCCGCCGCCCAAGGAAUGGGUGGCAUGGGAGGUCCCGCCCAAGACACCAACCUGAUCGAUAACUCGGAAACCGUAUACAUCUCCUCUCUUGCGCUACUCAAGAUGCUGCGGCACGGCCGGGCUGGUGUGCCUAUGGAGGUCAUGGGCCUGAUGCUGGGCGAGUUUGUCGACGACUACACAGUGCGCGUGGUGGACGUGUUUGCCAUGCCGCAGUCAGGUACCGGUGUCUCUGUCGAGGCGGUCGACCCGGUAUUUCAGACCAAGAUGAUGGAUAUGCUGCGGCAAACAGGAAGACAAGAGACAGUCGUCGGCUGGUACCACUCACAUCCCGGCUUCGGCUGCUGGCUGUCUUCAGUCGACAUCAACACACAGCAGUCUUUCGAGCAGCUCACACCGCGUGCCGUCGCCGUCGUCGUCGAUCCCAUCCAGUCGGUCAAGGGCAAAGUCGUCAUCGAUGCCUUCCGCCUCAUCAACCCUCAAACCCUCAUGAUGGGCCACGAGCCCCGCCAAACUACCUCUAACGUCGGCCACUUGAACAAGCCCUCGAUCCAAGCCCUCAUCCAUGGCCUGAACCGCCACUACUACUCCAUAGGCAUCAACUACCGGAAGACCGCACUCGAGGAGAACAUGCUGAUGAACCUGCACAAGCACGUCUGGACAGAGGCACUGUUGAUGGACGAUUUCAAAGGCGAAGGCGCACGGAAUAACGACAGACUACAGAAGCUCGUCUCGCUGGCCGAGGGCUACGAGAAGCGUGUCAAAGAGGAGACGGAACUCACAAAGGACCAACUGAAGACGCGAUAUGUCGGCAAGGUGGAUCCCAAGAAGCACAUCUCCGACGUCGGCCAGCAACUCAUCGAAGACAACAUCGUAUCUGUUUCACGGCAAAUGAUCGACAAGGAAGCUUCGGUGCCCAAGUCAAACGCGCGGCAGAAUGGCAACGCGAAUGAGCAGGAUGUCGAUAUGGACGAGUAG